CAGCCACGUGACAAAUCUGGCACACGUCAAUUUCGUUUUUCUAUGUGUAUUUUGGUAUUUUGCCACAGUGUUUCUUGCUUGUUGAUCGGGAGUUAAUUUCCACUUUCCAUUGGCAUUUUCGCGAGUUUUUCGUGCGUUUCCUUGAAAGAUGUGCCUUGUUAAGUGACGAAUAUAGUGAGUGCGAAAAUGAUAGCAAACGGACACGUAGUGGGCGAUGGCUCCUGGGAUCUACGGGUGUUUGUCACCGAUUUGCAGACCGAGAGGCAAAUUCGAGUCAAAGGCGACGUCCAUAUCGGUGGAGUGAUGCUGCGACUCGUCGAAGAUUUAGAUGGCUGGAUUCCUCACUGUCCAUCAUGGAGCAGGGCGUAAGAGAGCACGGCACGUUAUGCUUGCGAUUCAAAUUCUACGUGUUCUAUGACUUAAACCCGAAAUAUGACGCCAUUCGCAUUAAUCAAAUCUACGAGCAGGCCAAAUGGCAGCUGCUGAACGAAGAGAUCGACUGCACCGAAGAGGAGAUUCUCAUGUUCGCUGCCCUGCAGUUACAGAUAAACCUUCAAGCCAGUCAGCCGCAGCAGUACCAGUCGUUCGACAGUAACGGAACCACGCCCUCACCACAAGAAGACGACAUUGAUGCCGCCCUUAACAACUUGCAGAACACUCUGGAGGGUUCCAGCAUCAGUGCACGAUCCAAUGACAUCACAUCCGUGCCCGAACUGAAGGACCAGUUGCGCUUCUUGAAACCAAAGCGCUUUACCCUGAAGGCCUACAAAAAGUAUUGGUUCACAUGCCGCGAUCUCCACCUGUUCAUGUAUAAGAGCCGCGAAGACAUGGUGCACAAUCUUCACUGCGUAAUGGACAUCAGUCUCAAGGGCUGCGAGGUGACGCCGGAUGUUCAUCUCAGCCAGAACAAGUACGUUAUCAAGCUGGAGGUGCCCAGUGCGGAUGGAAUGUCAGAGAUGUACCUCCGGUGCGACGAUGAAACACAAUACUCCAGAUGGAUGGCAUGCUGCCGACUGGCAGCUAAAGGGCGCUCGCUGGCAGACAGCUCGUAUGAGACGGAAAAGCAAACGAUUCUGGAGUUUCUGAACCUCCAGAGGAGGGCCGAGGAGCCAGUUAUCAAUCCUAGCAGUCUGGACAUUCAGGUGGAGGACUACAUUUCGUCCAAGUACUCCAAGAAGUCCAAGGGAAAGCUCACUCAGAGGAUCUUGGAGGCUCACACCAACGUCAAAGAUUUGUCUCUGAUCGACGCCAAAAUGAGCUACAUCAAGGCGUGGCAGUUGCUGCCUGAUUACGGCAUCACCUUGUUUGUGGUCAAGUUUAUGGACUGUAAGAAGGAGGAAUUGCUAGGUGUGGCCUACAAUCGCAUUAUGAAGAUGGAUAUCAAUUCCGGCGAUCAUCAGAAGACCUGGAGGUUCAACACUAUGAAGGCCUGGAACAUCAACUGGGAAAUAAAGCACAUGAUGGUCCAGUUUGAGGAGGGCAACAUCAUUUUCAGCUGCUUGUCGGCCGAUUGCAAGGUUGUUCAUGAAUUUAUCGGAGGAUACAUAUUCCUAUCGACUAGAUCGAAGGAGGCAAGCCAGACGUUAAACGAAGAGCUUUUCCACAAACUGACCGGAGGAUGGUCAUAAGCACAUAAGGUUUUAAUUUUCAAACGACUUAGAGCUGAUGUUGAUUUGUACAUAGAGCAUAAUUUGUUAAUAAUCCUCUAUAGUUUUUAUUGUGUACACUUUUCUAAGUUUAUUUACGAGAUGUUUCGUCACAUACUUAACACGAUGAUGGUUUUUGCUUAAGAAAAUUCAGUGUUAUUUUGUCUACUUAACUUUGUUAAUGUACUAAACCUGUAGGAAUAUGUUCUUUUACCUCAUUUUACCGUGUUAACUUCCAGAUGCCUUUCUUAUACACACAUAUUUUAUAUACAUUGAUAUUAUUGCUAUGAAUGACAAGAACCAGCUUGGUUAUUAAUAAAAUUUAUAUUAACAGAU